AGUAAAAAGCCAGGCUUCCCAUAGGUUGGGUGGUAGAACGGUGGUAGCCUUAAGGGCAGCAAGACAAAUAGCGUCAUCACAUGCACGGUACCCCGAUCGGCGCCCGGGGUUUAAAUUUCGUUCUGACCGUUUCCGUGCGCUCAUUUCGAGUCGAUGGAGUAAAGGUUUGUUGGCAGGAUGCCCUGUCUUACAUUGGGAUGUAUAGCGAGGGUGUGGAUCCGCAUGGAGGAGACUGUCUGACGCCCCCGUAAAACGUCCAGGGCCACCGGCGAGUGUAAAAGAUGUAUAUCACCGGCAUACAGAGAGACGCGACCGUUAACAAUAACAACUGCAUGCAAGUAUCAGCUGGCAACUUAAACUUGGGACAACCGUCGAAAGAGCUUCUUCUGAACGGUAACAUCGGUUCUGUUUCUCCCACUGACAACUCCUACGUGCUUCUCGAGAACCAGAGAAACAUGAACGGAACGAUCACGACCAAGAUGGCCGCCUUGGACAUCAUCAACGGAAGUGGCACGAUGGGAACGAGUGAGAUUGGGUACAAGAGCGAGAACGAAGCCAACCACAUCAAUCAAAACAGUACGUCAAUCUACGGCUACACCAAUAACAAGAUCAUCCGCAACAUCGUUGGAAACGAUCCAGAUCCCGUGGAGAACGCCAACAACGCAGUUGACACCACGUUACAGAAGGACAGUCACAUUGUCUGCGAAAAUUCGAACAUGCCAGAGAACUCGACAAUGGAUGAUACCCAAUACAUCAAGGAGGAUGAGCCGGUGCGAGACCUUCCAAACAAUGACUCACUAGAGAAAUCCGAUACCUCUGAGGAGGAAGCGGAAACCGCCGGAGGUGACACUCCGGAGGGAAAGGAGUUCAAUGGUAAUGGCAUUGAAGAAACCAAGAUGGCUGCGCUGGAGCAAGACAGCGAUAGCGACACAUUCGAUACAGAGAAGUUUGACCACGAGAGUGAAUCAGAUGACACGCUGGCUCCUACUCCUCAAGAAAACGAGCCUCUUGAGGAACAAGCUGGUCUGGAGGCUCAGGCGUCUAAGGGGGUCGACUUGGAGUCAACAACAGGUGAGAAAGGGGCAAGCGCAAGAAGCAUCCGUCAAAUAAAGAGCAGCUUGGAAGAGAAGGUUCGCCGUCUUCAGGAGGAGAAGAAAAUGGUGGAAGACAAAAUCCGGCUGGCUCAGGAGGAGGAGCAGAUUCGGGCCCACGAGAGGAGCAAGUACCAGCGCCAGCUGCGCAUGUGCAGACGGGACAUGAUGCUGCGCAGACUCCAUGACCUCGGGGUCGAGCUGGAGGACCAGGCCCAGCGGCUCCAGAUGUGCUACAGCAGUCUGCUGUCCAUGAAGAUGGAGAACUGGGCGGCAAAGGACGACGAGUAGAAAAUAAACAUGCCGUAAACCAGCCACAGACUGAGGACUGUAGUAAGGCGAUUGUACAUAGAGAAGCAGCGCUAGCAUUGAUUCAGAAGCAGUGGGCGCGACAUAAAGUUUGUUGGAUGCUAACUUUAUAUAAACUGGAAAACCUUGGAAAACACACCA